CCCACAGUAACUCCCAGUAAGCUCAUACCCCAGAGAGAGAGGCUAUCCCUCCUGUCUGCCUCUUCCGUCUUUUUGACUAAAACCCAAACCACCACCAUCGUGCUUCUCCUGUGUGCCCAUCCCAGAUCGUUCUGUUCUUGCAGUCCUUUUCCGCCUACAAAAGAACAAUCUGUUUUUUCUUCGAUAUUGAUUUAGUUAUUUUUCUCAUUUCCGAAUUAUUACCUUGGGAGUGAAAGUUGUAUUGUGUUGCUGUAGGCAGAGGGAGCUCCAGUUCUGGUAUUGCUUAGGGAUCCUGAGACUUGUAUGGCCGAGACUUUUCCAGGGAAGCAAGAGUGGCGCCACCAUCACAUGUUCACAGACCACCAAGCAGCAGAAGUGGGGAGCAGGAAGCCAUGAGAGGUUGUUUUCACUGUUAACAAAGCCAAUCUCUUAAGCAGGAGGCUGAGCUGACGAAGAGCGACGAUUUGGAGUCAGUAAUCAUGCGGCAGUAGCUUCAUAUCAAGUGCCCCGGCUUCGUCUUUCGAGUAUGCGGAGAGGAUGGAAGACGAGCGUGCUCACCAUGGAGGCCUCGGCUUCCAACAGAUCCCCCUUCGCCAUCGACGGCAGCAGCAGGGGCCGCCGCCUUACCCGAGGUCGGGAAGGCUGAGGGGAGGCGGCGGCGGCGGGGGCGGGGGGGAGAUUGUGGAGGUCGAAGGAGGCCACAUUGUGCGGUCCACCGGCCGGAAGGAUCGCCACAGCAAAGUGUGCACCUCCAAGGGCCCCCGCGACCGCCGGGUCCGCCUUUCCGCCCACACUGCCAUCCAGUUCUACGACGUCCAGGACCGGCUUGGCUACGACCGCCCCAGCAAGGCCAUCGAUUGGCUCAUCAAGAACGCCAAGCCAGCUAUCGACCAGCUAGCUGAACUCCCCGCGUGGACCCCUACUGCGAUAGCCGUCGACGCAGCGGCAUCAGCCUCCGUAGCUCCUGCACAACCCUGCGAUUCCUCUGCCUCGGAGCAACCUUCGGACGAGUCCGGCAAGAACAAAUUUGGGGUCGAUGAGACACCAGUGACUGCUGCCUUCAGCUAUGAUGGAGACGACGGGGGCGGCGGCGGCGGCGGGGGUGGUAGUUUCCUCCCACCUUCGUUUGACAAUACCGCCAUUGCCGAUACGAUCAAAUCGUUAUUUCCAAUGCCGCCUACUACUGCUUCUUCGCCAUCCUCCAGCACUCUUCCAGUAGGCUGUCAACGCUACCCGCCGGGCCUUCAAGACCUCCGCCUCUCACUCCAAUCCUUCCAAUUUCCGAUCUUUCAACACUCUCAGCCCAGCCACCAUCACCAAGCUCCAACUCCGUCCGCACACGAUUCUCUACUCGUUGGCUCCGCUCGCUCAUUAGGCUGGGCUGAACAAAACCGGCAAAUGGCUUCAUGGUACAUGCCCGAGUCGAGCAGCGGCGGUGGAUUCGGAGAAUUCCUUUACGGUGUUCCGCCACCGCAGGCUGCGCCGCCUCUGGCCGCUGCUCUCGGCCCGAGCCAGCUUUUCUCUCAGAGGGAACCCCUUCAGUCCAGUAACUCGCCUUCGGUCCGUGGUUGGGCAGAACCGGAGAUCCAGAUGCAUCCGGUGCUCCAUUCCUCGGUUUCUCCCAUCGAAUUCACCUCCGAAGCUGCCAUCCUGGGAUUCUGCAUCCCACCACGGAUUCAGGGCGAAGAAGAGCACGGCAGCAUCUCAAAUCGGCUGCCCUCUGCUUCUCGCCAUUAAUGGAGUGGAAGAAAGAGAACAAGACCAUCACUCCACAGGUAAAUUCCAGCUUCCACUCUGGAUUUCUCAAAGUUUCUAUCGUUCGUUUCAGUUACUACUCGUUGAUUUGCUUGGUUCCAGUGGAUGAGUGUGAAGAUAGCAUCAUUUGCUUAUCUUUUGUUUCCCUUGCACUGUCUUCCAAAGCAAUUGCGCUGUUGCGGGACGGUUGUUAUCAAUUGCUUUUCUAGUC